AUGGCAUUUUUCAAAAAUUUUCAGCAGAAUCUGCCUUCAGUGUCCUCUCUGGUGGACACAAUCAGUAAUGCUGUGGAAGAUUUGACCACUGCUGUGGGGGAAGUCAGCUAUGCUUUCACUGACUCGGUUGCUGAACAGGUAGCAAGUAUGAUAAGUGGCUUUCGCCCAGAAGAGGAAAGCCCUGCAGCAACAGAAGCUGUAGAUACUUCUAAAGGAGAAAAUACCACGUUACCAGAAGUCUCCAAAAACACUAAUUGUCAGAAAACACAAUUCGAUUUACAGCACCAAGCAAAUCGAAUAAAUAGCUAUAAUACUUCAGUUUCACAAAAGCAAGAUCAAGGAAUGAAUGAAGAAGGAGUAUUUAAACAUAUUAAUAAUAGGCAACAGACGCUAUCAAAAUAUCAAGAAACCAAUACUGCUGGUGAUUCUUCUUUGAAAGGCCAGAUGAGUGAUGGUAGGAUAUCAAUUAGCAAGCAGUAUGCAAGGGCUGGAUCUGUGUGUCAAGAACUUGAAAGUACUGACAGAUGUAGGAAAUAUGGAUUAGGAAUUUCCAAUAAUGGUAAGCAUGACCUAAAGGAGGUAAGAUUUCAAGAAAUGCAAGAAAAUUAUUUAAAGAAGGCUGAAAAACAUAUUAAAAGUAAAGGAUCCAAAGGGAAUAAGUGUUCAGGAAAUGAAUGUUCUCCAAAAGGUAUUUUGGAAAGCAAUAGACGUAUGAUACAGAAAUCCAUUAAGAAAGAAGGCAUACAUCCAGCAGCAUCAACUAAUUCUAAAGGUAAGUGUUAUGGAAAAAUCAAAGAACAAAUCAAAAAAUACUACAAAGUGAAAGGAGACAUAAAAACAAAGAAAAACGAAGCCAUUUCUGCCAAAAAAGAAACAGCAAAGAGUAAAGAUGAAAAAUACUCUGAGAUAAUACCAGAAAAAGAUAAUUCCUACAUUGACAAAGAUGAGCAUGGUUCAUCCUCUGAAAGUGAAGAUGAAGCACUGGGUAAAUAUCAUGAGGCCUUAUCCAGAACACACAAUUCCAGACUACCAUUGGCAGAUUCUAGACAAAAGAGCUAUACUUGGGAAACAAGACAGAAAUAUAGCCCUCUCUCUGCAGAGUAUGAUGGAUACAGUAGUGAAGCAUCAAUAGAUGAAGGAAACUGCAUUCAGAGAAUGAGAAGAACACCCCCACUGGAUGAAUUGCAGCCACCACCAUAUCAGGAUGACAGUGGUUCUCCCCAUCUCUCAUGUACACCCUCAGAAAUUGGGGACAGUAAAUGUGAAUUUUCCCACUGCAGCAACAGUCCAAGAUGCUCAUAUAACAAGUGUCCAAGUGAAGGAAGCACAGGUCAUGAAAUAGAAAGUUUUCAUAAUAAAGGAUAUGAAGAAGAUGUUCCAAGUGACAGCACUGCAGUCCUGAGCCCUGAAGAUAUGUCAGCUCAAGGAUCAUCUUCACAGCUUCCUAAACCUUUUGAUCCUGAGCCAGAAGCUAAAUAUGGCACACUGGAUGUGACUUUUGACUAUGACUCACAAGAACAGAAGCUUCUGGUAACAGUGACAGCUGUCACAGAUAUCCCAACAUAUAACAGGACAGGUGGCAACUCGUGGCAAGUACACCUUGUUCUUCUACCUAUAAAGAAACAGAGAGCAAAAACCAGCAUCCAAAGAGGACCAUGCCCUGUCUUCACAGAAACAUUCAAAUUUAAUCAUGUUGAAUCUGAGAUGAUUGGAAAUUAUGCAGUUCGGUUUAGACUGUAUGGUAUACAUCGCAUGAAAAAGGAAAAGAUUGUGGGGGAAAAGAUUUUUUAUUUAACAAAAUUGAAUCUUCAAGGGAAAAUGUCAUUACCUGUGAUAUUGGAACCUUCUUACAAUCAUUCUGGCUGUAACUCCCAAAUGAGCGUGUCAGAAGUCUCCUGUAGUGAAAGUACAUCCUCCUGUCAGUCUCUUGAACAUGGCUCAGUUCCAGAAAUUCUCAUUGGCCUGCUUUAUAAUGCCACAACUGGAAGACUAUCAGCAGAAGUGAUAAAAGGCAGCCACUUCAAAAACUUGGCAGCAAACAGACCACCCAAUACAUAUGUUAAAUUAACUCUACUGAAUUCCAUGGGUCAAGAGAUGUCCAAAUGCAAGACAUCCAUCCGCAGAGGGCAGCCAAAUCCAGUAUACAAGGAAACUUUUGUUUUUCAAGUGGCCCUAUUUCAACUCUCUGAUGUGACACUCAUACUGUCUGUGUAUAACAAACGCAGCAUGAAAAGAAAAGAGAUGAUAGGCUGGAUUUCUUUAGGUCUGAACAGCUCUGGAGAAGAGGAACUCAAUCACUGGACUGAAAUGAAAGAGUCGAAAGGACAGCAAGUAUGUAGAUGGCACGCGUUGCUAGAGUCGUGA